AUGAAUUAUCAGUCCAGUCAUUUAAAACGCUUGCAACGUCCGGUUAAUUCAUCAGAUAAACGUCACUGUCCAUCGCUUGACCUCGCAACUGUACACGAGGAAUGUGACAAUCUUUUCAAAACACUCCGUAGACCAGUAGCACAUCAUGCGCGGCGCGGUGGUGGUGGUAGAAACGUGGGCAAUCGUCCCUGGAAUCCAUUGGCAUUCUUACGUAAACGAACAAUUCAUUAUGAUUUAGCCGAAAGUUUUAUGGAUCAUUCUACCAAUCCAUUAUCAUCACAAUUGUAUAAAUAUCGCUUUAAACAUUCAACCAAGCCAUGGCCCAACGGACGUUUUACAAAUUAUACAGAAAAACUCGAUAAAAAGGACGGAAAUCUGACUGAUAUUUUAUGUGUUAGAACAUUUCCUAUCGUUGCCAAACGAAAGAAAACACUAACCGAACCGACGACAACGAACGCGUAUUCUUCAUCCAUUAGCUUAAUCAAUCCGGUUAUUGAAGAACAACGGAAGAAACUUUGCAACGAACAAAACAAUCUGUACGCUGAUAUCUUUCGAAAUGGCAAAACAUCUCAGAUUUCCAAUGCUAGUCAGAUAAAAAAGAUCGAUAUCAUGAAUUCAUUAAUAGUACCGUCUGCUCUAACAACUGUCAAAGAAAACAAAGCAUAG